GAUUUUUCACAGUUUGGAUAUAGAAAGUGUUGGAAAUAACGAAGCAGACGACGUGGUGCCAGAUUUGUCGUAAUAUAAUUUAUCAUUUUUAUCAUACUACGAUAAAGCCGUACGUCUUUGCAAAUUUGAUCAUGAGCAAAAAAGGAUUAAUCAAAUUUGUUUCGAAUCGAUCGUAAAUGUAGAAGAACAAUAUGGAUCAUUUAAUUAUUUUAGUGGCAACGAUACAUUUAUUGUAUUGUCCAUUCACGAAAGUCGAAGAAAGCUUUAAUCUACAAGCGACACACGACCUCUUGUAUCAUGGCUUUAAUUUGUCUGAGUACGAUCAUCAUGAGUUUCCUGGAGUUGUACCGCGUACUUUUCUUGGACCUAUUGCGAUAUCCGGUCUUGCUUAUCCCUUUGUGGCAGCUAUUAAAUAUUUUCAUAUUAAUAAAUUUCUUGCACAAUAUAUAGUAAGAGCUACUUUGAGUUUGCUGGUAAUAGGCACUUUGAAAUUAUAUAGAAAUGCCUUAGAAAAUGUCUUUGGUACUAAAUUUACAAACUGGUUUGUGGCUAUUACGGUAACGCAGUACCAUUUUAUGUAUUAUCUUAGCCGACCUUUGCCUAAUAUAAUGGCCAUGCCUCUAGUAUUGCUGGCGCUAUAUGGAUGGUUAAAACAGAAUCAUGUUAUAUUUAUUUGGUCGUCAGCUGCAGCCAUAAUCAUAUUCAGAGCAGAACUUUCUAUUCUUUUGGGACUAUUCCUUUUAUAUGAUAUAGCCAACCAGAAACUUUCUGUUCCAAGAUUACUUAAAAUUGCAAUACCUGCCGGUAUAUUAUUCCUAGCACUUACUAUUGGAAUAGACACAAUCUUUUGGAAACGUUUAUUAUGGCCAGAAGGAGAAGUAUUUUAUUUCAACACCAUUCUUAAUAAGAGCAGUGAAUGGGGUACAUCUCCAUUUUUAUGGUACUUUUACUCAGCUCUUCCACGUGGCCUAGCUGUUUCGUAUUUUCUAAUUCCUUUGGGGAUUUUAUGGGACCCACGUGUACGUGCAUUUACCGUUCCUGCUAUAAUAUUUGUGGUACUAUUUUCAUUUCUACCACAUAAAGAAUUAAGAUUUAUAAUAUAUGUCUUCCCCUUGCUAAAUGUUGCAACAGCAGCUGCAUGUCAUAGAAUAUGGGAAAAUAGAAGAAAAUCGCCAUGGAAUGGAAUGUUGUCGCUAAUUGUCAUUGGUCACUUAGUUUUAAAUACCAUAUUCUCUAUGUUUCUCUUAUGCAUAGCUAGUUGUAACUAUCCAGGAGGUUUGGCUAUUGCUAGACUGCAUAGACUUGAACAAAAUUCUUCAGAGUCAGUAUAUGUACAUAUCGAUAAUUUAGCAGCACAAACUGGAGUAUCAAGAUUUACACAAACUAAUUCGUCUUGGAACUACUCAAAACAAGAAGACAUAACUGUUAAUGAUCCAGAAAUAUUACAAUAUACACAUUUGUUAAUAGAAGCCAAAAGCAAAUAUUCUCCCAAUAUAAAACCUUAUUUAAAAACUCAUGAAAUCUUGGAUUCGAUUGAUGGCUUUUCACAUAUAACAUUAAAUUAUAAUAUGUUACCACCAAUUAAAAUAAAAACAAAACCAACUAUAUUCAUUAUGAAACGAAAAGCUAAUAUCAAAUAUGAUCCGAAUAGAGCUAAAGUUUCCAAGCAUUCCACGCGUAAUUUAUUUCAGAAUGAUAGUACAAUAUCAGAUACAAGUCUAAAUGUAACUAAUGAUGUCUUAGAAAGUAUGGAGCCAAUACUUGAUGAUAUUGUUGAAUCUUUAGAAGAAAUUGGAAAACCAUUAUCUUCGAUUGAAAAACCUUUGAUAAAAGCUGAAAUCGAAUCUAUUAAACAAAAAGAUAUCCAAUCUGAUGAUAUAUCAAAUAUAUUAUCAGAUGAAAAUAAACAAUUUGUUAAAACAUCUGCAGAUUCAUUAGAUAAUGUUUCAAAAGAUAUGGAUAUAAUAAAUCAAGAAAAUGAAUUACGAGUCAUACCCGCAGUAAAAAUUAAUAUAAAAGAUAACUCUGGUAUUAAUUAUCAAAAAAUAAUAGAGAAGGAUGUACAUUAUGAAAAAGGAUCGAUAGGAACUAAAUUAAAAUCUAAAAAUGAUGCUGUUGGUGCUGUUGAAAAUAUCAGUAACAUAAAAGAAACUGUAAAAAAGAGAAUUCAAGAAAAAAUUCAAAUGAAUAAUAUCAAAAAAGAUAUAACUAAGGAAAAAGAAAAUGUAGAUAUUACAAGUAAACUUAACGUAAAGAUUAAAAAACCAAUGAAAAUAAAAAUGGAAUCAACCAUAUUACCAAAAAUUUCAACAAAACAAGAUAUAAAGGAAAAACAACAAAUCAUAAGUCAAAGGAAAGAUAAAGAAGUUACAAUUAAUGUAAAAGAGAGUAUUAGAAAUAUUAUAGAUCAAUUUAAAGAAUUUGAAAAAGAUUUUGCAUAUGAAGAUAAUGAUUCACAGCAACAUAAUACUAAUUUGAAUAGUAAUGAAUAUUCUAGUGAAACAGAUGGAACAAUAGAAAACGAAGAUGCAGAAUCAUUAAAUAAUUAUCAUGCAAAUAAUCACAACUUGAAAACUGUUAAAGAUGCUAAAGAAAGUUUAAAAGAAAUAAUAGAUCAAUUCAAACAUCUUAAAAGUGAAUUAACUUCUGAAGAAGAUGAUAAAUUUGAUGAAAUAGCAAAUAAAUAUAUGAAUAAACCAAUAUCGGAAACAUUAAUGGACUUUAGUGAAGCUUUAAAAGAUUUGAUUCAACGUAGAAAAAGAAGUAAAGGGAAAUCUACUUUGAACUUAGAAAAUAAAAAACAAAUUCAUAUCCAAAAUAAUAUGCCUCGAACAUUUCCACAAACAGACACAAAUGCUGUGAAAAAAGUAAUUCUUAAUCAAAUCACUGAAAAAGAUGAAAAACAGCAAAAAGAUGCUACAAUAGAUAUAUCAACGAUAAGCAACUCUAGAAUGAACUUAAACUUAAAUAAAGUUUCUAAUAAAAACGACCAUGUUGUUAAUACCAACAGGCAAUCUGUAAAUUCUCCAAAGUCUAUCAAUAUAGCUAUUGAUAUUAGUAGAGAUCAAAUAUCUAAGGAUGAUACAAGUAAAACAGAUAAUGAAAACAGUAGUUGAAGAAAUUGAACCUUGUCUAAUGAAUCAUCUUCUUUGAAAAGGAAUACCUUAAGAAUGAUGUAAAUAUUUUUCCUGUGAUAUAAAAGAACUUGUAUUUUUUAGUUGAUACAUCUGCUUUACUAAUAUGGACGAUCAUGCGCCUCUCAUUCCUAAAUCCAUUACUGAUAAAUUACAACAUAUCUUAAUGUAUUAAUAAAGGCUAAAUUCUACUGUAACUACAUCAAUAAUAAUUUCUGUUCAAAAGAGUAGUUACAAAUAUAUUAGAAUUUAUUCUAAUUUUCAUACUUUUUGUUACAAGAAUGAGCUAUACAAUAAAACCAUUAUGUCAGGUUAUUUAUGGUAUAAACAUUUUAUCCAAGUGUUCUAUCAAGCUCUGUUAUAAAGCUUAAAUUUAAAUAAUACAAUUGAAAUCC